GCUGGAAAAUCUGUAUUUGAUUUUUUUAUUUGGCCCUCAAUAUACACAUUUUUGUGGAAAUAAUUACGCUAUAAUUACAUAGUUCAAAUGGUAUUUAUGUGUCAUAAAAAGCACCACAAUGAUUAUGGUAACAAACAUUACGUACUUGAUUGUGACCUCAGGUAAAGAUAACUACAAUGCUUUCGGAUGUUAACACUGCGGCAGUAAGACCCGGUGGAAACUUCAAACGCAGACUCCUCUGUAUACUUGCCUUUCCAGUACACUUGCAUUAUGGUAGCGAAGCGGGCUGGCGGCUGUGAAUAAUAUGCAUUUAGGACCAAUUUCAUUCACUACGUUACCCAGUCCUUCAAAUAGUAUUGUAACUGAUGUUUAUAUUCUUCCAUGUUUAUAUUCUUCCGUUCGUUUGGAAGGUUUCAAACUCGCUUUUCUUCACACCACUGUAACUGAGUCAAGCCUUGAAUCGCAGCAGGGGAGAAGAGCUGUCAAGAUACUUGAAUCCGUCUGGCUAGCUGGUGAUGCGUAAAGUCACUAUACCCUCGUCCAGAGCAGGGGCAUCCCCAGCUCCAGACUACUGGAUAGAUGGAUCGAAGAAGGAGACCCUGGCUGACUACUAUGAGUUGGAGUCCGAAUUGGGACGGGGAGCGACGUCGGUGGUGUGCAGAUGUCGACAGAAGGGAACACUGAAGCCGUACGCAGUGAAAACACUGAAGAAAACAGUGGAUAAGAAGAUAGUAAGGACAGAGAUAGGUGUUCUACUUCGACUCUCUCACCCAAACAUUAUCAAACUAAAAGAGAUCUUCGAGACCCCUUCAGAGAUCAGUCUGGUCUUGGAGCUUGUGACUGGAGGAGAGCUAUUUGAAAGGGUUGUGGAGAAGGGCUUCUACACUGAGCGGGAUGCUGCUGAUGCUGUCAUACAAGUAUUAGAAGCUGUUGCAUACCUGCAUGAGAACGGCGUGGUGCACCGGGACCUGAAACCUGAGAACCUCCUAUACGCUACCGCAGCACCAGAUGCUCCCCUCAAAAUAGCUGAUUUUGGUUUGUCGAAAGUCAUCGAUGAUCACGUCACAAUGAAGACUGUUUGUGGUACACCAGGAUACUGUGCCCCAGAGAUUCUGCGAGGAAGUGCUUAUGGACCUGAGGUUGACGUGUGGUCGGUGGGAGUUAUCACGUAUAUCUUGCUAUGUGGCUUUGAACCGUUCUUCGAUGAAAGAGGGGACCAGUACAUGUUCAAGAGGAUCCUCAACUGUGAAUAUGAGUUUGUCUCCCCCUGGUGGGACAAUGUGUCUUUCAAUGCCAAGGACCUGGUGAGAAAGCUAAUUGUCCAGGAUCCAAAUAAACGGCUGACGACCUUGCAAGCACUGGAACACCCCUGGGUGACUGGGAAGGCAGUUAACUCAGCCCAUAUGGACACUGCUCAGAAGAAACUGCAGGAGUUCAAUGCACGCCGAAAACUCAAGGCUGCAGUAAAGGCCGUGGUGGCUUCGUCACGAUUGGGCAGRGCUGGCAGUCACGGCAAUGCUGACAACAGCAAGAACAGCAACUGCAACAACUCCGCCAAUCAGAAAGAGGCACAAGAGGAGCAGCCACGGAACGACCAAUCACAGUCAAAGAUCCAGGAAGGAUCCUAACUGUGGAUCUCCUCUGUCGUUGUGACCCUGUGCAGGCAUUCUACCCUCCUGUUGGACUGUGAAAUUGCUGAGAGGAGCUAUGUGGUCUCACCUUCUGUACUGGAGAUACUCUGCCUGGCUUUAUUGCAUGUGACUGAUUUAUUAAACGAUGUACAACCAUA